ACACACAUAUAUAUAAAUAUAUAAAGAGAGAUACACAUUCACACACACACACAUACUUGCAAAUCUACAAAACAGGGACAAGACGACAGACUUCCAGUCCCCCCCAAAAAAGUGGGGACACACACACCGGCCAGGUACAGUACACACCCCGUGUGUGUGUGAGACGCAGAGACGCAGCCGGACACAUCCCUCCUCAAGUGUGUGUGUGUGUGUGAGUGUGAGCGGUGGUCAACAUGCAGGUGUCGUUCGCCUGCACGGAACACAACCUGAAGAGCCGCAGUGAGGACCGGCUCUGCGGCCUCAGGACCGCCCCGCCACCAGGGGGCAGCAGUGGCUCGGGCGGAGGGGGUUCGGGGGGCGGGUCAGCCUUAGAGCGGGGUGGCCAGUCGGGCAACGGAAGCUACAACACCCAAAGCACAGUCAAGCCCCGAGAGGGGGCGGGGUCACGGCUCGCCGGCCAUAGCCACGCCCACAUGAAGGAAGCCAUCGGUCGCCAUAGCAACAUGAAGUACAGAAACCUGGGGAAAUCAGGUCUACGUGUGUCUUGUUUGGGCCUCGGGACGUGGGUGACCUUUGGUUCUCAGAUAUCAGAUGAGAUGGCGGAGAAUCUGAUGACUAUAGCGUACGAGAACGGAGUGAACCUGUUCGACACUGCAGAGGUUUACGCCUCGGGCAGGGCUGAGAUCACUCUGGGUAAUAUUAUUAAGAAGAAAGGCUGGAGGAGAUCCAGUUUUGUAGUAACCACUAAGAUCUACUGGGGUGGACAGGCGGAGACAGAGAGAGGCCUGUCCAGAAAACACAUUAUUGAAGGUCUUCGAGGAUCUUUGUCCAGACUCCAGUUGGAUUAUGUAGACAUCGUCUUCGCCAAUCGUAAUGACGUCAACAGUCCAAUGGAAGAGGUGGUCCGGGCGAUGACGUUUGUGAUAAAUCAGGGCAUGGCCAUGUACUGGGGGACGUCUCGUUGGAGUGCUAUGGAGAUAAUGGAGGCGUACUCAGUAGCGCGGCAGUUUAAUCUGAUCCCCCCGGUGUGUGAACAGGCCGAGUACCAUUACUUCCAGAGGGAUAAAGUGGAGGUUCAACUGCCCGAACUUUACCACAAAAUCGGUGUUGGAGCGAUGACCUGGUCUCCGUUAGCGUGUGGGCUGAUCACAGGGAAAUACAGCGAUGGCGUUCCUGAAUGUUCUAGAGCUGCAAUGAAAGGUUAUCAGUGGUUAAAGGAGAGAGUGUAUAGUGAAGAGGGCCGCAGACAGCUGGCCAAAAUCAAAGAGCUCCACCUGCUGGCCGACAGGCUGGGCUGCACUGCUGCACAACUCGCCAUCGCGUGGUGUUUACGCAGUGAAGGCGUUAGUUCUGUUUUAUUGGGCGUCUCAAACACAGAUCAGCUUCUGGAGAACCUGGGUGCUCUAAGGGUGCUCUCUCAGAUGACUCCUCAGACGGUCGGCGAGAUGGACGCUCUGCUGGGAAACAAGCCGCACUCCAAGAAAGAGUCGCGUGCAUGAAGAAGGAAGAACCUGCGACGGGAAACGAGUGCGGAAAACGAGUGAUGAACGCCGAGCGUGGGCUGGAAGAAAAGAUGCAGAAAAGACGGACGGAUGAGAAAAGGAGUGCUUUCGCUUCCUUCCCUGUGUACUCCAUCUCCCUGCAUGGCUCCUGCUAAAAUAUCGGGCUUCCAGAAACAGAUCCAGCACCAAAACCCAUUCCAGACCAGAACCAGACCCUUUAUCCUGGACCAGAACUGGACUAGAACUUAAUUAUUUUAUAACCCAGACCAGAACUGGACCUAACUAAACCUAAACCAGAACCAGACCCUUUAUCCUGGACCAGAACUGGACUUAACUAAACCUAAACCAGAACCAGACCCUUUAUCCUGGACCAGAACUGAACUUACUAAUCCAGAACCAGAACCUUUAUCCCGGACCAGAACUGGACUAGAACUUAAUUACUUUAUAACCCAUACCAGAACCGGACUUAAGUAAAACCAGAACCAGAUCCAGACCCUUUAUCCUGGACCAGAACUGAACUUACUAAUCCAGAACCAGACCCUUUAUCCCGGACCAGAACUGGACUGGAACUAAAUCAUUUUAUAACCCAUACUGGAACUGGACUUACUAGACAAGAAAUAAGCAAGAACCAAACUCCUCUAUCCUGGACCAGAACUGAACUUACUAAUCCAGAACCAGACCCUCUAUCCUGGACCAGAACUAAACUAUGACUGAACCCGUCUAACUCUGACUAGAACCAACCCAGAACCAAACACAAAUCCAGAAAGAGGAACUAGAACUAGAAUCAAACUCAUUCAACUCAGAACCAUUCCUUCCCCAUAAUGGAUUCAAACUGGACCCAAUCAGUCCAGGCCAUAACUGCAUCCUUUUAACCCAGAACACUUUUACCCUGGACCAAAACUGUAAUACUGGACCAUUUAACACAAAUCAGCCAACUGAAGCUCUUCAACCCAGACCAGAACUGGACCUAUUUCACCCGGAUCAGUACUGGACCCCUUCAGCCAAGACCGGAACUGGACCUCUUCAACCAAGGCCAGAACUGAAUCAUUAUAUCCUGGACCAAAACUGACGACCCAUUGUACACGUACCAGUAAUGGACACAUUCAAUCCAGAUCAGAACUGGACCCCUUCAACCCAGACUAGUAUUGCACACCAUUCAACUCGGACCAGAACUGGACACUUUAAUCCUGGACUGUAACGUUACGGAAUCCCUUCAACCAAAACCGACGACUUAUUGAACCUGUACCCUUUUAACCUGUACCAGUACUGGACACAUUCAAUCCAGACCAAACUGGACCCAUUUAACCCGAACCAGAACUGGACCACUUCAACCAAGAACAGAACUGGGGCCAUUUAACCAAUACCAGAAAUACCUGAAUUAUUUUAUCUUGGGUCAAAACUGAAGACCCAUUGAACCCAGACCAGAACUGGACCUCUUCAACCCAGACCAGAACUGGACCCUUUUAACCCAGACCAGAACUGGACACCUUUAGCAAAGUGAAACAUCUUCAACCCAGACCAGAACUGGACCAACUUUAACUCAGACCAGAACUGGAGCUUUACAACCCAGACCAGAACUGGACCCCUUUAACAAAGUGAAACCUCUUCAACCAAGACCAGAACUGAAUCAUUUUAUCCUGGACCAAAACUGACAACCUAUUGAACCAGAACUGGACCCCUUUAACCCGGACCAAAACUGGACCUCUUCAACUAAGACCAGAACUGCACCCAUUCAACACCACCCAGUGCUAUAUCUAGAACUAGAUCCAUUGUAACUUGGAAAGACACCCCGACCUGUUCACACUGGUUCAGAACCGAGCCGGUACUGGACCCGGACCAGUGCUGGACCAGAACCAGACCCCCUCUGCAUCACUAGCCCUGCUUUUUAUAAUAUAUACCUACUAACUAACCAACACACAGACUUACUCUGAACGCUACGAGAACACGGAGACUCUGAACCACGGCUGUUCUCUCGGUAUACAACUCGCCCAGAGAGAGAGAGAGAGAGAGAGAACGAAAGAAAAAAAUAACGAACGAGAGAGAGAGAGGAUAAAAGAGAGAGAGAGAGAGAGUGAAAGAGUGUGAGAGCAUCAGGUUUCUGUCUUCCAGGAGAAACACUUAACGGAGGAAGAUGGAGGGAGAUGAAAAAAAAAAGACUAGAUUUUUCUCCCAGAAUGCUGUGUGGCGGGCUUUAGGUGUGUGUGUGUGUGUGUGUGUACUACUGGGUCGCUGCUGUUCACUGCCAAUGAAGUAAACAGACACAAAAGCAGCAAAACAGCUCUGAGUGUGUGUGUGUUAGAGGAGUAUGAGUGUGUGUGAUGAGUGUGUGUGACGAGUGUGUGUGUGAUAAGUGUGUGUGUGUGUGUGUGUGUCUUCCUACAUCUUCCUCCCUCUCGUCUGUGUCGCCCUGUACGACUCAAACUGUGCGCAUGUCCCUUUAAGAGAGUCCCCACUGCCCAGUUAGAGGGAUAUAAGUGUGUGUUAUAAGUGUGUGUGUAUGUAAAUGUGUGUGUGUGUGUGUGUGUUUGAUCGCUGAUCCACAUCCUCGGCCUUGUCUUUUGCACUAAGCCGGCCGGGUCUCAGAAGCUGGAAGGUAAACGUGACCGGAGGACUGUGCUCGCAUCGCUGUGUGUGACGGACAUUUCCUGCGUCAAUGACAAUGAAGAGGACUUCCACGGAGUGUGUGUGUGUGUGUGUACACGAGGACGGAUGAGGACAUUUUACACUUCAAAUGGACACAAAUUAGCUCUCCUACUUUAGAACCUGUAGAACCUCCUAGCCUCCUGCUAGCGUCGCCACCCAGCAGCGCAGAGGACCUUAAAAAGCGAAAGUUUGGCAAAAAAAUAUACAUCCAUAAACAUACACAAGAUUCCCACCAAAAAAAAACACAGAUUUCAUCGUUAAAAGCAAGCACAGCUUUUAAGAAGUUUUAGAACUGGAGCUUCGCUAAGUCAUGCUAAGAAGAGUCGGAGCAUGAAUUUCUCGAUUGACGAAAUUGUUGGAGACGUUCCUGAAAAGUUUUCCACCAAAAAAAUCACAGAUUUCCUGGUUAAAAGGAAGCACAGCUUUGGUGUCAGAAGUUCACUUCUUUGGUUUUCGCACUGGAGCUUCGCUGAGUCAUGCUAAGAAUAGAUUGUAGAGACAUUCUAGCAAUCAGUAAUCUUUCACCAGGAGGUACACUACCCAAAGUACCGUAUUUUUCAGAUUAUAAUGCGCAAUAUCAAUUAACUUCUAUUUUCAUACAUGAUACGCACUAGAUUAUAAAGGAGCGUUAAUCGUGAGUAAGGGUCUCGCCAUGCUUUCCUUCUAAUGGGAGCUGGGGGAAGCGCCUAAGUAAACAAAAUUGUAAUUCUUUAAAAAAGAUAUAUUUUAAAGUCAUUGUGCUGGAUGUUGACCUACACUAAGGAUUUAUAUUCUGAAAACAGUUUAUUUGGGUGAGUAAAGUGCUUCUGUUUAUUUACAGUAAGCUUAGAUUCCCAUUUUUUUGUCUAAGGGUGAGUUUUUAGUUAAGAUAUUCCUGCACUUAGGCUGGGUGCAUUAGCAUUAGCCGCUAGCCUCAGCGCGAGCGGGACGUAAAUGCUGCACGAUAACGCUACACUGAGCUCAGCUAGCGGUUCUGCCCAUGUAGGUUGUUUUAACAAAAAACGCAAAGUACUGUCUAAUAUACUCGCUUCUGAGCGGCGAAAGAGCUAGCGCUGUGGUUAGUGGCUGGUGCUAAUACUGCUCCAGCCUUAGUGCUGGAGAAACUUCACUAAAAACAACUCACCCUUAUAACACUCUGUUCUUCACUGGUUUAUAAGGCACACUAUAGAUUUUUGGGAAAACGAAGAAUUUUAAGUGCACCUUAGUGCAAAAAAUAUGGUAGUCUCUUAGUCUUUUGCGCCCUCUUGUGGUAAAAGCCAAAAUAUAAUGAGAUCUCUCUUUAUUUCCAUAUAUCAGUGACCUGAUGAGCUUUUGUCAAUCUUGGCAUUCAAUUCAAGUCCGAAUUCCACUAGAAAGUCUCCAGCAAAAGCAGAAUAAUCUCUUUUUAAUACACUUUUAACGUCCCAAUACUUUUGCGAACUCAGCUCCAGUGCAAAACCUAAAAGAAGCAAUUUCGUUAUUGGCUGAUUAGCGGAGGAACUGUUUCAGCAGGACAGCGGUGGCGCCCAUAAUCGUAUGGAGUAUUUUCGUACUUCGUCCAAAUGUGCGAACAGACAGGAAGGCCUUAUUUGCGGACUCUGAGUAAUCAGACGUCAGAGAUCAGGGAGGACUGUGGGAGUGUAUGUCUUUGCACACAGCGUAUGGACGUUUGCAGUGCGGACGUUUGAUGGAUUUCGUCUUCAAGAUGUUGGGACUUAAUUUGCUAAAUUAAUUCAACUCUUCGUUCCGUAUUCAGACGAAACUGUGCCAGAAUACGGAAAGAAAACCAAGCUGGAAUUAGGGUUGCAUGAUAUGAGCUGAAAUACUGGGAGAGCAAUAUAUUAUAAGCACAUUAUAAAUCAGUAAUAUUGUUAGUUUACGCAAAUGAUUCCCAUUUAUUGGAUUAUAUGAAUGCUUUCAUUCAUUAAAACACCCAGAGAAAUGCACAGAGGCUUGUGAUUGGUCAAAAAGAUAACCAGAUAACUGGCCUCAUUUGCAUAUUGCUACAGUGUUUUUUUACAACAUAUCGUGCAGCCCUAACAUCAUGAAAGCCCUACAUCAAUACUGGUUUAUGGCCAGUUAUAAUACAAUAAUAAGGUUAAUUUAGAAAAUUUUAGAUUUUUUUAUUGUUCUGUUUUAGCUCCAAACACACCUGAGCCAGGUAAACAAUCACUAGAUCAGGUGUGUCGAGGAGUUCUAGACGACUGUUCUGAGUUGUAAUAAACUAAAAAGUAAUGUUUGUUUGUAAAAGUUGAUCUUUUAUGCUAAUCUCAGAUCAGCUCACUUGCUUAUGCAUAAAAAGAUCCAUCCUGUAGCUCCGCCCCCUCAGUGUAUAACAUCACAAUACCUACAUUUAGAGUGUUUAAAAAAUAAAUAAAUAAAUAUAUAUAUAUAUAUAUUCACCCUAAUAAUGAGAGACUGUAGCUCCACCCCCUCAGUCUAUAUCACAAUACCUACAUUUACAGUGUUAUUAAUAUGCAUCAUUAUUGUUAUAUAAAAUAAUAAAAUAGUUAGUAAAUAAGUAAUUAGUAUAAACUUAUCUAUACUAAUGGUACAUUCAAUUUUACAAAAAGUUUAAAAUUCCCAUUUAUUGGAUUAUAUGAAUGCCUUUAAAUGCCAACAAAACACCAUAAAAUUUAUGUGACAUCUGAUUGGUCAAAAAGCCCUGAUAACUGGACUUAUUUGCAGUGGGAGGGGCUAAGUUCUGUUUCAUUGGCUUGUUGAGGUUUCAAUUAGUGUUAUGUGCAACAAAACAUAAAAAAACAUGUCUUUUGUAAGGGUUAAAAUGAAAGUAGCACUCAUAUCCCCCAUAUAUAAUAGUUUGUUUGUCUAAUUUUAAACCUAAAAUAUUUUAUUUCAUCUGAUUAAUACACACAUACCUCCUGGAAACUCUCCUCAAUUUAAAAAAAAAUAAUUAAGUAUUUAUUUCUUUAUUAUUCAAUGCACAGUAAAUGAGCUGAUCUGAGUUUAGUAUCAAUGCACAAUGUCUAGCACAGGAUGCCAAUACAGUUUUAAAGCUAACUGGUUGAUAAAAACCCUUUAUUCAUGUUUUUAGCAGCAAACGACGUCCAUAAAUAACCUUUAUAUCUUGAGUUGGUUACAGGAUGUUGUUUUGGGUUCUGUCCGACUCUGAAAUGCUGUAAUGAGAGGAUGGGAAUGUUCUGAGACUCUGAACGACUGGACUUCAUGAUGUUUGUAUGCUAAUGUGUGUGUUGUUAGCGGAAGGAUGAGCUAAAGCAGUGUACAUACACAUUUAGAGCACAGACCUCCUCAGUAACUCUGCCUGUAUCUGUUCUAUUUUAUUGUCUUGCACCGAGAAAAAGAAAGAGAAAAAAAAACAAUCAGCCCUGUACUGAAUGUAUCUGCCUGCCUUUAAAAUGUCUGAAGAAA